UUAAACGUAGGUAUCAGUAUUUGAAUUUUUGUUUUGGUAGUAUUCCGGUUGAAGAGGCUCAAUUGUUAUGUAGUUAUAUAUGCUUCGUCAGUAUUAUAAUCACCGUUGUAUAUAAAAAAACCUUGAUUAUAUAAUUUAUGAUCUUCUAUAAAAUUUAAGUGUUUUGUUCCGUGUAGUUUACUUCUGUAACUACCGUGAGUUACAGAAGUAACUCAGUUUUACGCCUACAUAAAGGAUACAAAUUUAAAUUGUUUAAUGUUUUAUUUAGGCAGCUAAUGUACGUCGCUUAACGCUUUGUAUAAUAUAUCAAAAGAGGUUUACAAAAGCAUUUUGUCUGUUUUUGCGCAUUUUUGCCCAGACUAUAUCUGAGGCAGGCGGCCUGUACUACGCUGGCGAAUCUCUUAGUUUCGCUGGAUUUCUCUUUUACUUAAGGCAAUACUUUCUGAAAAUGGAUUCUCUGAUCAACAAUGAUUUUGUGCUCCUUACUGAUGAGAGGUUUGACUUCGACAUUUCAUUGUCACCUGCAAGUGGAAAUGGCGAUGACGAGAACGACGACGAAGUAUUUGUGGGUCCAGUCUGUCACAAAGAGAAAUGUGUUGCAGCUGGAAUUAAGGUCCAAGUGAAAGAAAAAGAAAAUUGUCAAAUGGAACAGAGUGAUGAGUGUGCAAAUUGGAGUCCAUUAACUGGGGAUAAGUUUGUUGAGAUUUUUAAAGAAGCCCAUUUACUGGCCAGGCAAUUUGAAAAAAGCAUUGAUAGCACACACAAAAAAGAACUCAACGGUGGUAAAAAUGAAGUGGUUGAAAAGUUUGUUGAAGAUUCUAAAUCUAAAAUAAACAUAUUUAAUACACCAAAGAACGCUGCUUUAAGUCCAAUCAAGAGAGAAACAUUUUGUGUUCAGGACAGCCCUUUACAGCAGCUUCCUCCAGUGGUUCAGCGACGUCUCUUGGGGUCAAACUCUGCUAAAAGUCCUUCACAAAAGACUUCCAGUGGGCAUAGUCCAGCCAGGCUAUGUAAAAACCAAGGACAGAAACAAAAUCUAGGACGUAAGGCUGCAUUAUCCAAUGGCCACACCAGUCGAGUGCUUCCCAGCAGACCACUAGCUCCAGCAGUGAGUGGACAAAAUAUAAGAGGACACUUGGCUGUAGAGAAGAAAGCUGUUCUGAAACACAGUCCAACAAGAGGUUGUUACAGUGGUGCAGACUCUUCUGAGGAUCUCCAUUCCAACAACAUUACUACUGCUUCAAAUGUGAGUGAAACAUCCUUAAAAUCCAGUAUUUUGGAAAAGAAGAACGUUCCAGUGCCCAAAAAGGUGGGAUUGGUUAAACCACAGGCAAUUAAACCACCAGAAGUACAGAAUAGAAGUACUGGUGGUGAAAAAAGAAAUAAAACAUCUUCCUCUUCCUCUUCUUCAGUGUCAAGCCUUAACUCUAGCCUUUCCAUAUCCCCUCUUGGAAAUGGUAAACCUAAUGCAUCAGUAAAUCUGAUGAAUAAAACAAAGACUCGGAUAUCUUCUAAUGUAAAUGGACAACAACCACCUUUGGCUGGUGGAAAAUUAUCCAUGUCAUCCCAACUUAAAAAAUCUGUGGUCCUUCCUUCAAAACUUGUAAAAUCCACAAGCCUAAAUAAGCUUUCAACUCCACUGAAAAAACAACAUUCUACAAAUCCUCAUCAAACUCCUGCAAAAACAAAUGCAGACCGGUUAAGUUCACUUCCAAGUAUGCUUCAUUCAUCAACACAAAACAAAACUGAAAGUGGAGUAAAAAGAAGUCCAAAACUUAAAGAAUUUAUAGCACCUACACCAACAGGGUACAUCAAAGGACCUCAUCCUUCAGGGGUUUCUUCUCCUGAAAAUGCAUCAAGAAUUAUGAAGCCAAAAAGACUGAUGUCAUGUGGUAAUAAUGAAAGUGAUGGUCAGCAAAACGUGGCUACAAAUAUUUCAGCAGAUUCUUUUCAAAUUCUUAAUCUACCUGCAAAAUCUGUUUUGGCAAUGUCAAAACUGAGGCGCUCUUCUGCUUUGCCAACUCCGGUAAAAAGACGGGUGUCUGGAAUCCCAGCACCGACCCCCAAAAGUGCAACAAGACGUUCAGUGUUCAGUCUUACAUGUGAAAAAUUAGAAGCACCUCUGUCUACCAAGAAGGAUAAUUUCAGAAGUCCAUUACAAGCAAAGGAAACACCUCAAAAAGUUAAUCUUCCGUCCAGCUCCGAGCCUGUAAAAGAGCCUUAUUACCUUUCACCAAUACCACUAUGCUCUCUGGAUUUUUCACCGGAAAAACCUGUUAAACCUGAUGCAUCUGCUAAAGCAGUGAGCCCACAAACACCUGCACAGACUUCAGUCAAGAAUUGUGAUGAAACAUCUGCAAACAUAGCAGUUCAGAGUCCUGACAUACCUGAAGACUUUUCAAAAGAGAAUACAUUUAAGAGUGCUGAUAAGAUUUUGCUUAUUGAAGUGGAUGCUCCACCUCCUGUUAGGUUGGAAGACAGACCACUGAUUGACCUUUCCAACACACUAGACUUGAUUAAACUAGUGCCAAUUAAGCCAGCUGAGCACGGACAGCUAAUUGACCUGAGUUCUCCACUAAUAACUUUGAGUCCUGUGGCCAGAAAGGAAAACAAAAUGGAUUCACCAUUGAUCAAGUUUUAAUGUUUUAAAAUGUUAUUGUAAGAAGACUAAAAGCUAAUGAUUAACACAUACUGUAACAGUGACAUGAUUAUGAAACUAUAAUUGAAUUUGCUAAAAUUGAGUUUUUAUGCAUAUUUUAUUAAAUCAGGUGAAUUUAUAAAAUUAGUGAAUUAAAAACUCUUAGAACUUUAA